AUGGACAGAUUUGAUGUUAUCAAUUUCGCCGAUCUUUCCGGUCCAAACGGCGGAGAAUGGGUCAGGAUCGGCGGUGGAAGCUUCGGCGUAGUCUUUAAGGGCGAAUAUCUGGGUACCGAAGUUGCCAUUAAAGAGGUUCUCCCGAACAACACAUACGACGUCGAAAAGUACUUUGAGCGCGAAUGCGUUCUCAUGAAGGAGGCGCGUCAUCCCAACAUCGUCCAAUACAUCGGUCUCACUAAGAGCCCCGGUCCAGAUGGAAGGAUCUACAUCAUCUCGGAAUUUGUCGGCAGCAAUGUUCGAUCCUACAUCGCAGAUAAGAGCAAGCCCUUCCCAUGGCGCUUGCGUAUGAGCUUUGCCAUGGACAUUGCCCGUGCUCUCGCCUAUUUGCAUGCUCGCAACUGCAUGCACCGAGAUCUCAAAGGAGAAAACCUCCUCAUCACUGCCAACGAGCGUAUCAAGGUUUGCGACUUUGGCUUUGCCCGUAUCGCAGCGCGCAACGAAGAAGAAAUGCGUCGAAUCAGCUACUGCGGCACAGAUGGCUACAUGUCACCAGAGAUUCUGCUUGGUGUCGAUUUCAGCUUGCCCUCGGACGUGUUUUCGCUCGGUGUCAUCUUUGCCGAGAUCGCUUCUCGCCACCUUGUCGAUUCGUACACGUUCAAACGCGUCAUGCCUACAUUUGGAUUGGAUGCAGACGAGGUGCGCGAGAUGGCAUCCGAGGGCUGCCCCACAGCUUUCAUCCAGCUUGCGCUCGACUGUGUCGCAGAAGAUCCACGUGACCGUCCCGAUAUGCGCCAGGUGGUAUCUAGACUGCGCGACAUUGAGCGCGAAGUGCUCUUGCGCGAAGAAACCGAGAACCGCUAUGCUAUUGGCAGUGUGCGGGGCGCCACGAUUCAGUCAAUCAUGGGUACCAAAAUCAAGCGCGCUGCUCCACCAAAAUUGCCCAGCUUCAACGGUGCUCUCAAGCUCAACAGCUCGUACUCGAAUGCCGGUUCGGAUGACAGCGGCGAUGAGAUUGAAGAGGCGCUCGCUGCGCUCGAAAAGGUCGGUGUGGAGCCCGAUGAUGCCAGAUCGCCAGUCACCAUCAAGGGUUCUAGCACGCUCAAGGUCGCUGGUCACGGCAAUCCGUGGUGGAGCGAAGAUGUGCCAGACGCGCUUCCCAGUAUCAAUCGCAGCUGGCUGGCUUCUCCGGGUGCUGCUGCCGAAAGAAUUCGUCACGAGUCUGAGGCUGGCUUGCUCGAAGGGGCCGACUACGCCGAGAGCGAUUAUAGCACUUCGGUCGUACGCUCCUCCAAGAUGACGCAGAGGCAUGCGCCUCUGGCCAUGCUCGAGGAACGCGCUUCCACGUUGUCUGUCAGGACGCUGCGCCAAGGUGAUUCUCCUCUUCUUAUCCCAACUCGACGUGGCUCGGCGGAUGUUCUGGCUGCUCGAAGCGGCUCAAACGACGCAUCCGCCAUGCAGUCGUACAUGACUGCGCGCACGCACCGACCUGAUCCAUCCAUGGCACUUGCCACCAUCGCCUCGGUCAGCUCAGGUCUGAACGAGCCCAUCCCCAUCUGCCAUCGCUUUACGCUGGUCAAGAACGGAACGCGUCGACCUAACAACGUAGUCGCUGCAGCACAGCAAGCCAUGGCGAGUAGCAGUACCCACCAGCACCCACCCCCUCCGGUCAGCAGCUACUACCCUUCGCUCGUACCUCCUGCCGUUAUGCUGAGCAACGCGCUGGCCAAGUGCUGGGUUUGCGGUAAACGCAUUGGCUGGAAACCUUUUAUGGAUUGUGACGACUGCCCCUACAAGACGCACGUUGUGUGUGCAGAACUCGCGCCGCCUACAUGUCAAGACCUCGCGAUUCCUCUCAGCAGCGCAGUGGGCGGUGGCAGCGUACAGCCAAUCCUGUCACCCCUCAAUGCUUCGCGUCGCAACUCAAAGGCGAACGAUAUCGUUUCGUGCCGUCGCAGUUCCAAAGCAGCCGACGUGGGCGAUCAGAGAGAAAUCUCGGCCGCAGCAGCUGCCUUGCGUAGAGCGUCUCUCGCGGAUUCCAACGACGAACCAAGUUCGCCACAGAUCGGUAAAGCCAAAGCCAAGAAAAAACUCUUUGGCGGUUCUUCAGCUGUCAACAAGAGCGCCGUCCGCGCCUGA